GACAGAAUGAAGCGGCAGUAGUGUCACUGAGCGGCACUGCGGUUGCACAGUAGUGUUGGAUUGCUCGGCGAACCGGUUAAUCAUCGAGUGGCGACGCGAUCGCGCGGUUAGCCGGUGGUACACGCAGGUACUGGACGUAGAUGCUCUGGAACUGUGACAAGUGUCAAAUCGUAACCGAGUCGUCGAACGAGCGUCAGGAUGGUGACGAUAAACGCGGAUCUGCGUCGUGAACGCGAGAGAUGCAGCCUCGAUCCCGUGGAGCUCACGCACUUCUGGGACGGCAAUCCGGAGAAGACGUCACAGCGGCGAGAGCGAGAGAACUUCUUCCUAAGCGAUCCGCUUCUACAUGAUAAAAUUCCUGCGAAAUAUAAGAGUCACAAGGAAGUUUACGAGGAAGCGAUAAUGAAAGGAUGCCGUGUAAUAGAAAAAGUGCAGCAGUUAAACGAGUCGGGAAACGGCGGCAUGGACGUUUUCUCGAAUCUGUGGCGUAGACAAAUUUUAGGAGGCAUGUUAGGCUCGGCGAUAUUAAAAGACGGUAAUCCAUUGACGCUGCACUACGUGAUGUUUAUACCGGCUAUCAUGGGACAAGGCACCGUCGAACAGCAAAGCUACUGGAUAUCCAGAGCUUGGAAUUGCAAUAUUAUCGGUACUUACGCACAGACGGAGCUUGGUCAUGGCACGUUUAUCAGAGGCUUAGAGACCACAGCGACUUACGAUCCCGAAACCAAAGAAUUCAUAUUAAAUAGCCCGAAUCUGACAUCGUACAAAUGGUGGCCUGGUGGUUUGGGUCAUACGGCGAAUUAUGCAAUUGUCGUUGCGCAAUUAUAUACAAAAGGAGAGUGUAGAGGUAUCCAUCCUUUUAUCGUGCAACUCAGGGAUGAGGAUACCCACGAGCCUUUACGAGGUAUAAAGAUCGGUGAAAUUGGUACCAAAUUAGGAAUGAACGCAACCAACAACGGCUUUCUCGGCUUCGACAAUGUCAGAAUACCACGCGAUAACAUGUUGAUGAAAAACUCUCAGGUGCUCGAAGACGGAACCUAUGUGAAAGCGCCUAGUGAUAAACUCACAUAUGGCACAAUGAUGUUUGUUCGAGUGGUAUUAGUACGUGAUAUCUCUAACUACUUAUCGAAGGCGGUGACCAUAGCUAUCAGAUACAGCGCAGUAAGACGACAGAGUCAAAUAAAGCCUGAUGAGCCAGAAGCACAGAUCAUAGAUUAUGUUACUCAACAAUAUAAAUUGUUUCCCAAUCUUGCUGCGUGUUUCGCGUUCCGAAUGUGCGCCGAUUGGAUUUGGGAGAUGUACAACAAUGUAACAGCUGAGUUAGAUCAGGGAGAGCUAGAAAGACUUCCUGAGUUGCACGCGUUAGCAUGCUGUCUAAAAGCAGUCGCAUCAUCGGACGGAGCUACUGGUAUCGAGCAAUUACGAUUGGCGUGUGGUGGACACGGUUAUAUGGAUGCUAGCAACUUGCCGGGGAUUUAUGGUUUGGUGACCGCUGUCUGCACUUACGAAGGUGAAAAUACGGUUCUACUACUACAAACGGCUAGAUAUUUAGUGAAAGCCUGGAGACAAGCUGUCGGCGGACAACUAUUGCCACCGACCGUAGGAUACUUGGCUGUUCUUUCGCGCGGAGUAAAGCAACGUCCUUGGAAAAACACUUUAACGUGUAUCGUGCAAGCACAUCAAGCAGUUGCGGCAAGCAAAAUUCGCUUGGCGACAGAAAAUAUGGAUCGCAGAAUACGUAGUGGCGCAUCGGCGGAAGACGCGUGGAAUCAAACCAGUAUUGAGUUAGCACACUGCGCGGAAUCUCACUGUCGAGCUUUCCUAGUGUUGAGAUUCGUCGAGACCGUAAGAGGACUGACUAAUCUGUCCAAGCAGCUUCACGAAGUUUUGAUGCAACUUUGCGAAUUGUACUCGAUAUAUUGGGUUCUGCAACGAGUCGGAGACUUUUUGCGAUUUUCCUGUCUCAAUAACGAAGACAUCCCGGCGCUUCAAACGCGUUUCGAAGAGAUGCUCGCCGCUAUUCGUCCAAAUGCUGUUAGUAUCGUCGAUGGUUUCGAUAUUCGUGACGAGAUCCUCGCAUCCGCGCUCGGCGCGUACGACGGAAACGUAUAUCAGCGUCUCUUUGACGAGGCGAUGAAGAGUCCCUUGAAUCAGGAGAGCGUGAACCAAUCCUUUCAAAAGUAUCUGAAGCCUUUUCUUAAAAGUAAUUUAUAGUCAAAUAUCGGGUGUUAUCACAAAAUAGUCAACAACAACCAUUCCAUCAUAAUAAAUACGUUUUUUGUUUGGAAAUACCUACAAUUAUUUUUAAAUACUUGCCAGAAUGACUUGCAUCAUUUUAUAUUCAGAAUUACAUAUAUUCCGAUAUCUGAAAUUAUACUUGUAAACACUGCAAUAAGUUCGAUAAGAAAUUAUCGCGUAACAAUAAUCUGGCUUUUUUUUACAAAUCAUUGUCGCACAAUAUAUUAUAGAUUAGUAUUACAAAUAUAUAUUCUAUGAAAUGAUUUCAUGUUAAAACGUUUGCCUUUUAAAAUACGUUUUUAUAUGAAUUUUAUGCACUUAAGAAACGUUUAAAGCAUUUGAUGGCAAUAUAUUUGUCUAUUAUAUAAUCGAGAUAAAUUGUUUCAAUAUCAUAUAAAGUGCUUUAUACGUUUGUAAUCUAAUUAUAAAAGAUUAAUAUUUUUGAUAGUAAUAUUUUAUAAAAAUUACACAUUACAUAUAAAUGAGGGCAUAUGUGCACAGUAUUGUUUUUACGAAUAGUAAUUUAUCCUGGGAUGCAUUAGUAAAAAGAAAGUCUGUAAAUUUAACAGUUAAAUGCCCAAGUAUUUACAAAUUUGCCUUUGCGAUAGUCAAAUAUCGUGGGAAUUGAAUAUGUAUCUCGAAGGCGCCAAUGCGAUAUAUUGUAUUUUAAUAUGCGAAUAAAAUUAAAUAAUCUUCCUCUCUGU